AUGAGUUCACAUACAAAUGAUUUAAUUAUCGAUGACGAUGAUGAUGCAGAAGAUGAAGAUGAUCCAUUUUCAAUGGCUGUUAAAGAAUUAUCAGAAACAAAUAGACAAGCAGAUGAAAUUGCACGACAACGUUCAAUAGAAUCCCAACCUUCAAUACCUCCUAAACCACAAUCAUUUCCUAAUUUAUCUAUACCACCAACAUCACCCAUAACAAUAACACGUCCAAUUAUUUUACAUGGUCUUCAUGCACCUGUACAAAAUCGACCUAUUAUUCGGUUGCAACGACCAAUUACAAUUCCAUCUGGUCUUUAUUCAGUACCUCCAACUAUUACUCCAUUAUCACAAAAUCCAUCUUCAUCAACAACUAUUGUUCGUCAAUUUAUUCCUGCUUUAAGACCAACCUUACCAGUACCAACUGAAUUUCCAGUUAAAAUUCCAACUGACAUUGAAGCAGAAGAAGAUGAUGAAGAAGAUCAAAGUGCACAAACAGCAGAUACUUAUUCAGAUUAUAUGCCACUUAAACUUCGAUUAGGUGAUCGACAUCCUGAUCCAGUUGUUGAAACAUCAUCACUUGCUUCAGUUGAAUUACCAGAUAUAAAUUAUCAAUUAACAAUUCCAGAUGAAAAAAUUCAAUCGAAUGCAUUAUCAGCUUUACAACUUGAAACAAUUGUUUAUGCUUCACAACGUCAUAAUACAUUUUUACCAGAUGGAACAAGAGCUGGAUUUCUUAUUGGUGAUGGAGCUGGUGUUGGCAAAGGUCGAACAAUAGCUGGUCUUAUUUAUGAAAAUUAUUUACUUGGACGACGUAAAUCUUUAUGGUUGAGUGUUUCAAAUGAUCUUAAAUAUGAUGCACAACGUGAUUUAUAUGAUAUUGGUGCUCAAUUUAUUGAAGUUCAUGCAUUGAAUAAAUUAAAAUAUGCUAAAAUAUCUUCAGAACAAAAUGGUGGAAUAAAACGUGGUGUUAUUUUUGCAACAUAUCCAUCAUUAAUAAGUGAAAGUCAAAAUACAUCAACAAAAGUUAAAUAUAAUAGUCGAAUGAAACAAUUAAUUCAAUGGUUAGGUGGUGAAGAGUUUGAUGGUGUUAUUGUAUUUGAUGAAUGUCAUAAAGCUAAAAAUCUUGCACCAAGUCCAACAGCUAAAUCUUCUAAAACAGGUUUAGCUGUUCUUGAUCUUCAAGCUCGUUUACCAAAUGCACGUAUUAUUUAUGCAUCAGCAACAGGUGCAUCAGAACCACGCAACAUGGCUUAUAUGACUAGACUUGGUCUAUGGGGUCCAGGUACAUCAUUUACUGAUUUUAAUCAUUUUAUUCAAGCUAUUGAACAACGUGGUGUUGGUGCUAUGGAACUUGUUGCUAUGGAUAUGAAACUUCGUGGAAUGUAUAUUGCACGACAAUUAAGUUUUUCUGGUGUACAUUUUUCUAUACUUGAUGUUCCAUUAACAAAUGAAUAUCUUCACACUUAUGAUCGAUCUGUUCAAUUAUGGACUGAAAUAAAAGAAAAACUUUUACAAGCAUUUGAUUUAGCUGAUACAUCAAAUAUUGUUCGCAAUCAUGUAAUAGCACGUUAUUGGUUAAGUCAUCAACGAUUUUUUAAAUAUUUAUGUAUUGCUUGUAAAGUAUCGAAAAUUGUUGAAUUAUCACGACAUGCUGUUCAAGAUGGCAAAUGUGUUGUUAUUGGUUUACAAUCAACAGGUGAAGCUAAAACACUAGAACAAUUAGAUGAAUUAGGAGAAUUAAAUGAUUUUGUAUCAACUGCUAAAGGUGUGAUUCAAAGUUUUGUUGAAAAACAUUUUCCAACAGCCAUUGAACAGCCUAAAACAAUGCCAUCAUUAUUUAGUUUGAUGCGAAAUAUUGAAGAUGAUAAAAUUCGACAAAGUAAAAAACGUAAAUCAACACAUCGUCGUACAACACGAUCAAUAUCAUGUGAUACAAAUGAAAGUUCAGAUGAUUCUGAUGUUGAAUGUUAUUCAUCAUUUGUUCAAACAAAUAAACGUCGUGCAACAACAAAACAUCGUGAUCAAAAUAAUAAUAAUCAACUUGAUGAAAUACAUAAUAGUGAUAAUGAAAAUAGUUGUGAAAGUAUUUUAAUUGAAGAUACAUAUUCACAACAACAACAUACAUUUGCUGAAAUUCUUGGACAAACUGAUACUGAUGGGGGCUUACCUAUUAAACGAAUACAAAAAAAAGACAAUUCAUCAACUGUACAGAAUUACGAUAAACGUAAAAUGACCAAUACUGAAAUAAUUGAAGCAUUAUUUAAUAUGAAAGUAGAUUUAUUAAAUAAUAUCGAAAUACUUGGAAAAAAUUUACCACCAAAUACUCUCGAUGAAUUAAUCGACCAACUGGGUGGACCAUCUCAAGUUGCUGAGAUGACGGGUCGCAAAGGUCGAGUAGUUCAACAUGCAGAUGGCCAAAUUGGUUAUGAAUCUCGAUCAGAAGCUGAUGUUCCACUUGAAAUAUUAAAUAUUUCUGAACGUGAACGAUUUAUGCGUGGAGAAAAACUUAUAGCUAUUAUAUCCGAAGCAGCAAGUAGUGGAAUAUCUUUACAAGCUGAUCGGCGUUGUCAAAAUACACGUCGACGUGUUCAUGUUACACUUGAAUUACCUUGGUCAGCUGAUCGGGCUGUACAACAAUUUGGACGAACACAUCGAUCAAAUCAAGUUUCAGCACCUGAAUAUGUCUUCGUUAUAUCUGAAUUAGCUGGUGAAAAACGUUUUGCUUCAACUGUUGCAAAACGAUUAGAAUGUUUAGGAGCUUUAACACAUGGUGAUCGACGUGCAACUGAAACACGUGAUUUAAGUCGAUUUAAUAUUGAUAAUAAAUAUGGCAAACAAGCACUUGAAAAUGUAAUACGUUCAAUUUGUAAUUUAGAACGUGCAUGGGCGCUAUUUCCGAAAAUGAUAAAUAAUGAAAUGAAAUUUGAUUUUGUUUCUGAAGCACGUAAAGCUUUAAUUGAUGUUGGUCUUAUUUCACGUGUAAAUAAUGGACAACAAUCUAUUUAUAUACCAGAAAAAGAUCAUAAUAGUAUGAGUCGAUUUCUUAAUCGUAUUCUUGGAAUUCGUGUUCAUAUGCAAAAUUUAUUAUUUCGAUUUUUUUCUGAUGUACUUAAUGCUGUGGUUGUUGAUGCACGAAGAAAUGGUUCAUGGGAUUUAGGAAUUCUUGAUCUUGGUACAGGCGAAGAAACAGUUUCUGUUGAAAAAACUCAAGUAUUUGUUUUACAAACAGUACAAACUAAUACGACACCUCUUCAAGUUGAAUUGCAUCAAAUUGUUGUUCAACGUGGUCUUGCAUUUAGUAAAGCUGUUCAAUUAGAAGAACAAUCUAUGAAUCUAGAUGACGGCUUUUAUAUGUCAAAUGAAAAUCGUCCUUAUUGUCGUUUACCAAUACUUGCUUUAUCAACAACGUCAAAUGUUAAUCUUGGAAGUAUAAGAAAAAGUGAACAAUUAUUUCGUAUAUAUCGUCCUAAUACUGGUUUACAACAACGAUAUGAAACAUUAGAAAGUCUUAGAAAAAAAUAUGAAAAAGUUCUUUCAACGCAAGUACAAGCUUAUUGGGAUGAAUUGUAUAAUAAAACUGCAACAUCAUGUAUCCAUGUUAUACGACAAGGUCGUUGCCCAAUUUCAUCGUCAAAUCCUCAACAAACAUGUGAAGUUGGUCUACGAUCACGUCGUUUUUUUGUUCUUUCAGGUAGUGUUCUUGCAUUAUGGUCACCAAUGGAACGAAUAUUACCCGAAGGAAAAAUUCAAAUGAUACGAAUAAAAACAACACCACUUAAUAAUAACCAAUCGAUUCCAUUGAAAAUCGUCGGAUGUAUUAUACCAAAACGAUGUUUACAAGAUUUGGUGCAUUUGCUCGAAGAGUCAUCAAAACACAAAUAUUUUAAAUCAGCCUAG